AGUCCCCAGUCGUUUCUUCUUCCAACCCGGAGGCAAGUUUUGCAAGUUUUGCAAAUUUUUGAACCAAAAAGUGGUCAAAUACCACAUUUUCAAAAUAAUUCAACACUUCCCAAAUUGAACAUAUUGAUGUUCAAAGCUAGAUGCAAAGAAUAAUGUCGGGUGCAGUUAAGAUUGCGAAGUCAUUUUCCUGCACGACUACACUGAGAGAUGGAGUUGAGAUGCCACUGUUUGGCCUUGGCACUUAUUGGACUGAAAAGGGUGAUGACAGUGCAGUGGAAAGGACUGUCACUGAUGCUAUAAAGUUGGGCUAUCGUCUGAUUGAUACAGCACAAUUUUAUGAAAACGAGGAAGAUGUUGGGCGUGGUGUGAGAAAGAGUGGCUUGCCACGUGACAAGAUAUUCGUUGUGUCAAAAUUGUCUUGGCUUUGUCAUGGUGUGGAGAACACCAAGAAAGCCAUUGAGGAAAGUUUACAAAAGUUGGACAUUGAGUACAUAGACCUCUUUCUUAUCCAUACACCAAAAGGUGGGAAAAUACUGGAGACAUAUGAUGAGAUAUUGAAGUUUAAAGCUAAGGGACUCAUCAGGUCUGUCGGCGUUUCGAAUUUUAAUAUCCAACACCUAGAGGGAUUGAAGAAUGCCGGGCGGCCAGCUCCGUCAGUUGACCAGUUUGAGCUUCACCCAUGGCAACAAAGGAAAGAAUUAGUCGAGUACUGCAAGAAAAAUGAUAUUGCUGUUAUGGGAUACUCACCGUUGGGAAAGGGAAAGAAGUUAGACGAUGCGGAGAUGACAAAAAUUGCUUCCAAGUACAAGAAAUCCAAUGCCCAGUUCCUGAUCCGCUGGGGUGUCCAAAAUGGUUUCAUCACCAUCCCCAAGUCGUCAAAAUCAGAACGGGUCAAGCAAAAUGCUGAGGUGUUUGACUUCACCAUAUCUGAUGAGGACAUGGCAACUUUGAGUGUGAUAAAACAGUGGAGUUGCAUGUCGAGCGGAAUGACACCUGAUGAUUUUGGCAAGAUUUCCUGGGAAGACUUGGCUUAAAUAUGGCUGUUUUCAAGUCCUGGACUUGUAUGAAUGACAAGUGGAUUUCUGCUCUGGUGGAACCUUGGGAGGAAGUGGCAUGAUUAUAAUAUGGUGACUUUGUGAGAAAUUAUGAGAAAUUCUUUCCUCAUAGGCCAGAUAAAAGAAGUGUUGAUCUUUGAUUUCUCCUAUUCUGGUCUGAAAGGCUGCAGUGGUGAAAAGUGACAUCAUGAAUUGUUUGUAGCGCGCUUUAUUUUUGCUCAAAAAAUGUAUAAUUUGGUUUGUUUAAUAGAACCAAUAAUUUAUUGUAAAUAUCAUAAAAUGUGCUUGUCGAAUGUUUUUGACAAUAAACAAAAUGAUUUUUGAAAUGUUUUA